AUGGAGGCCUCUUUGGCUAUCACUGCUACAGCGGUAGGGGUGAUUUGCCAUGUUUUGUUCUUCAAUCGCGGAGAGCACCACCUACAUGGCAUGCAGUAUGUGCUGUCAUUUGGUACAGCCGUUGUAGCACUGUCAUGCGCCCCGUUUGUCAUCGGAGAAAAGGCACCAUUCACAUCAAGCCAGGUUCUGUCGGCAGCAGCAUGCUACAUUGGAGGGAUCUUUUUGAGCUUGCUUGUCUAUCGUCAAUGGCUCCACCCUUUGAACAAAUUCCCCGGUCCGUCUGCAGCCAAGUUGACCAGCCUGUGGUUUUCCACACAACUCGGGAAGGGCGAUGCCCAUACGAAGGUUCUGGAGCUUCAUGAGAAGUACGGGGAUUUUGUUCGGAUUGGCUCCUCAGACCUCUCCAUCGUCCAUCCCGAUGGCGUCACUGCAGUGUAUGGAACCGCGUCGGGCUGUGAUCUGGGAGCAUGGUACGACUUGUCCGUCCCCAUGCUUUCACUACAGUCGACACGAGACAAGAACCUACACCGCCAGUACCGACGAAUCUGGAGUGAUGCAUUCAGUGACAAUGCUGUGAGGGGUUACGAAGAAAGGACCAAGAGCUACAGGGCAAGACUCAUAAGUCAUCUAUCCCAGUCCGUCUCCCAAGAGCAGCCCGUGGAUAUGACGCUGUGGUUCAACUUUUACACGUUCGAUGUGAUGGGAGACUUGGCUUUCGGGCGCUCCUUCGACAUGCUGGCGACGUCUCAACAACACUGGGCCAUCUCGAUCCUCCACGCUGGAUUGAGAGCUUUCUCUAUCCACGCUCCGGUGUGGUUCUUCCGAUUUUUCAUGGCAAUUCCAGGACUUGGCGGGGACUUUCAACGUUACGUUUCGUUCUGUUGCGACACGCUUGAUAAGCGUAUCAAGACCAAGGUUGAUACUCCAGAUAUCAUGUCCACUCUGCUCAAACCUUGGGAGGGUGCACCGAUGCCUAAACGUGGGCUCAAGUUGCUGCAAGGCGACUCAAGGUUGCUCAUUGUUGCGGGAAGCGAUACGACGGGAGCCACAUUAACACACGCGCUAUAUGAACUGGUCAAGCACCCCGAGCAUAUCGAAAAGAUCAGGAACGAGCUCGCACCAUUUAUGACAGAUGGACAGGUCGACUUUCAGAAGAUCCAGAGUCUACCACACUUGAACUGCGUGAUAGAUGAGACAUUGAGGCUUCACCCACCGGUACCCACGGCCCUCCCUCGUCGCACGCCAUCAGAAGGAAUCACGGUUGGGGAGGUGCAUGUCCCAGGGGACAUGACAGUGUGGUGCUCGCAGUAUGCCAUAGGACGCACGGAGAGCUUAUAUGAACAGGCUAACUCAUUCAUUCCGGAGAGAUGGUCCUCAAGACCGGAGAUGGUCGCGGACAAGAGAGUUUUCGCCCCGUUCUCACAUGGUACUGACCCAAUUUUCACCUCCUAUCCGCUCAAUAUCUCACAGAACUAA